AACAAACACAGAGUCGAAACUCGAGGAAAUCGCAUUUUAAUUCAUUAUUUCGUCGCAGGUGUAUUGUAUUUCUUGGUGUCGUCGGUUGCGCAGGCAAUUUGGUGGCAAAAUGAAAAAACACGAUUAAUCGUUUCUCACAUAUUUAUCUCAACUUGAUAAAUAGAUAAUAAAUAUUGCAAUCGUGAAUCUGUGGAGAUAAAAACGGACGUACUCAAUCUCAGUGUAGAUUAGUCCGUCUGAGUAAGAGAAUCUUCGAAAAACGAUUAUGCAGAAACUUUAGAAAACAAUACAGUGUGGUUGUUUUCGCGCGGUGUAAAAUUAAGAUUGUGUUCUAUUUUUGAAUUAAAUAAAAAUAAAAUGGAGACUUAUAUAGGAGAACUAUUCCCAGAGUAUUUUUAUAAUUUUGUGGAAGAACUGGAUGAACAUCCUUGGUUAUUUUCUGCUAUUGCAUCUAUGCUGGUCGGCUUAAGUGGAAUCCUUCCUUUGUUGAUAAUUCCUAUCGAUGAAACAGCAUCUUUUAAAGACGGAGCUGGUGCGGCGACGUUGCGGAUAUUACUAAGCUUCGCAGUGGGAGGCCUAUUGGGAGAUGUCUUCCUGCAUCUACUACCCGAGGCCUGGCAGCACGAUCUCGCCGCUACCAAAGAAGGAGAACACGUAUCAAUGAAAUGCGGUCUCUGGUGUUUAUUUGGGAUGUUAGUUUUUAUCGUGGUAGAGAAACUCUUUGCGGGCGCAGAAGAAGACGAUGAUGUUCCUCAGGGAAAUGGAUCUGUAAACCACAUUGAGAUAGAAGAGAUCGAGAAGCUCCUAGAAGUUGGGAGGAAGAAUAGGGGGAAAUCGAAUGGGGGGCUUUGCGGUGGCGGGAGCAACGGUAUGGUGUCAGCUAAAGAGCUCUAUGAUACCUGCGUCUUCAAUAAUAAUACUAAGGGGGAAGGCGGGUGUUGCAGUACAAUAGUGACGACAACGAACGGAGCGGUCCGGUGUAAGGGCAACCGCUGGAUGGGCAGAUGUCUGCUGCGUGAAGCGAAAGAGAAGGCGUUGAAGGCCACCAAGGAGAAGAGCGAGAAGAAAGAUGUGGCAGGGUAUCUCAACCUUAUGGCCAACUCCAUAGACAACUUCACCCACGGGCUGGCCGUCGGGGGGUCGUUCCUCGUCGGCUUCAGGGUCGGCCUGCUUACAACUUUUGCUAUACUCGUUCACGAGAUACCGCACGAAGUCGGAGACUUCGCUAUUCUACUUAAAAGCGGCUUUUCGCGGUGGGAAGCGGCUAAAGCUCAACUGGCUACAGCGUCAGCGGGUCUGAUCGGUGCAAUGACGGCCGUUAUUUUCAGCGGAGCGAGAAAUGCUAUCGAGGCAAAAACAUCGUGGAUUGUACCGUUCACUGCGGGCGGGUUCCUGCACAUAGCGCUUGUGACAGUGUUGCCAGACCUGCUGCGCGAGAACGACAAGAUGGAGUCGCUCAAACAUCUGGCAGCUCUCAUCGCAGGGAUCCUCGUCAUGGCCUUCAUGACACAGUACUUCGGGUAGAACGACAUGACACCCUGAGUCCCGUGUUACCACACAGCGAUCAUGUCACUGGGCCAAAUGCCUCCCAUCUGAUCGACAAUCACUCUGCCUCAUAAAAUCAAUAAAUAUAACCAAAAAAAACCUAAACGUAGGUUUAUAUACAAUUUUAAACGUAUCAAAGCAUUUCAUAUGUUAAGUAAAUAGUUCGUAAAUUAUUUUGAAAUAAAUUUAAUCGUUUACAAUGAUACAGUCGUACGUACAAGUAGACAGCCUUUAUAAUCGAUUAAUCUCUAUAAUUCCGUAAAAUUAAUCACUAGUAAACUUAAUGAGUAAAUAAACUCUUAAAAUGUAUAAAAUAUCAUUUUGAUAUUUACUCGCAAGAAUACAAUGGCGGCUGUAAGUCGUAAUAGAUUCCAUUGUACUAUAUUGUAAUAAAAACUAUUCUGUAAAUAACAAGUCAUCGAGGAAUUAUUACUAAUAAGACAUAAUGAAGAUAUAAAAAAACAGGAAACAAUAAAAUAUAUAUAUUUUUUAAGUAUAUUGAUUCGUCAAGUCACAUGUCUAUCGGACAGUCGAAAGUAUUAUAAUUUUUCAAAGCGAAAUGAAAUGUUAAACUAGGUUUAGUUAGGCUUAAUAUAAUGUACUUUAUAUAUUCAUACAAUUCGAGUCGUAACCGAGUAAUACUCCACUAUAAAUAUGUAUACUGCAAAUAUAUAACAAAUAUAAUUAAAAAAAGCAGUAAAUAUUAAUGUUAAUUAAAUGUUCGAUAUUUAAUAAUCAUUUUUACUUUAUAACAACAAUAAUGCCUAAAAUAACGAUUGAAAACAGAAUUUUAUUACAAAAACAUUAUUAUUAUUAUAAGAUUGUCUGCUAUAUUUUUUUAUUAUAAUGAUAUAUUUGAAGUAAUAUAAAGUCCGGUUUCAUAUUAUUUUAUCUUCAAUAGGUAGAUAUUUUAUUAUUAUUGUGUUAAUUUUUAUAAAUUUAACUCGAAUGCCAUAUAUUGUACAUAACAUGUAAAUAUAACGUAGGAAUCAGUCUUAGUUGAUAGUACAAACUCCACUAAAAUGUGAUAGUACCAUUCGUUAGGUUUAAAAAAUUAUUACUUCUUAUAUUUUUGCUUUUUAUACAUUUAAAUAAAGAUUAUUUUCAAUUUCGAAAUCGCAAUUGUGUUAAAAAUUUGGUAACAAAAAAUUAAAUAACUUGAACUUUUCUGCAUUUUAGUAAUACAUUAAGUGUGAUAAAUAUGGCCAUUUAUAAGUAUUGUAUCGUUUAUUUUAUGAAGAAAUGUUAUAUAAAUAAACAUUUACUAAAU